CGCCAGUUGGGCGAUACGGAGUGUGGCCCCGUGAACGAGCUGUCGAUUUUCCACCGGGACCCUCGUUCUAACGACACAUGUGAAAGACUAAGUGAAGAAUGAUACAGCCAUGAACCGAUCAGGAGGUGAUCCUGACGAAAGACCGACGGCUCAGAUGACCCGUACACAUUGCACAGAGCGGUGACAGAGCUGUAAAUUACAGCGAUGGAUAUACAGAAGAAGUACCUGUGCCCCCGCUUGGUGGAUUACCUCGCCAUUGUGGGGGCCAGACUACCCUCAGUCUCUCGCCAACCUGUGCAGGUGCCAGAAUUACUGCGAAGAUAUCCGGUGGAAGAUCACAAAGAUUUUCCAUUGCCGCUGGACAUGGUUUACUUCUGCCAACCCGAAGGGUGCACCAGCGUGGGUCCGAAACGCACAGCCUUACGAGAGGCCACCUCCUUUACCUUCACCCUUACGGACAAAGACUCCGGGAAAACUCGUUAUGGGAUAUGCGUGAAUUUUUAUCGACCAAUAGAAAGGGUAGGAGUCGCGGUCGGGGGUGGAGUCUCGAUGAAGAGGGACAAAUACAAUACCACGUUUCGAAGGGAGAGCUGGAGGAAGAGCAUGGAAAAGAGCACAGAUUCUGCCUUUUCUAGCGACUAUAGGAGCAGUGCAGUAGGCCCUAGCGACUCUGAGAAAGAAUGUCCGAGCAGCAGGAGGGACUCUGACACUCCUCAUAUACCGAGUGCACCGAGAUUAGGUAUCACUGCACCGAGCGUGGACAGCGAAAGCGGAGGAAGCCAUUCUCCGUCUCCACGUGCUUCACGUAGACGACAGAGGAUACGAAAUCACUCGCUGACGUCGUUAUGCAUCAUCUCCCAUCAUCCGUUCUUCUCGAUGUUCCGGGAAUGCCUUUUCAUCCUGAAGAAGAUCAUCGACGCGUGCAACGAGAGUUCCUCGCCGCAGAAAGUGGGCGCUUCUAGGCAGACCAACAGAGACACGGUGUGGAGUGUUCUAACAGGACAAACACUGGAGGGAACCCCAUCGAUAGUGUUACACGAUGUCCGAGAGAUCGAGACGUGGAUAUUGCGACUGCUGAGCAGCCCCGUACCGGUCCCGACAAAGACACGCGUCGAGAUCGAGAUCGUGUCGCAAAGUAUGCAGCCACCACUCUGUUUUGCACUCCCAGACCACACUAGAUUUUCUCUCGUUGAUUUCCCUCUGCAUCUACCCCUGGAACUUCUUGGCGUUGAAAUAUGCUUGAAGGUCCUCACGUUGAUUCUCUUGGAGCACAAGAUCGUGUUACAAUCCCGCGACUACAAUGCCCUAUCGAUGUCCGUAAUGGCGUUCGUUACGAUGAUUUAUCCUCUGGAGUAUAUGUUCCCCGCGAUACCAUUGUUACCCACGUGCAUGAGCUGCGCGGAACAGUUGUUGCUUGCACCUACACCAUUUGUUAUCGGAAUACCCGCUACUUUUUUAUUGUACAAAACGAACUUUAAAAUGCCCGAUGACAUUUGGCUAGUGGAUCUAGACAGCAAUAAAAUAAACGCACCUACUGGUCUGGGUGAUCAAUUGCCCCCAUUGCCCGAACCAGAAGGCACCGUACUAAAGAACCACUUGAAACAGGCAAUGCAACUGAUGGACCAAACCGGCUCUGGUGCAAUGGCUAGUAUGUCAAUUUCGCAACCCAUUUCGCAAGAAACUUCUCCGAGGACAUCUCUGCAGGCUCCUAGCAGAAGAGACAGCAUAACGUCGCAUUUAUCCACGUUGAGUGUUUCGUCGAUGAAGCACAGACCGAGCAUCGACCACCACGGGCACUCAAGUCCAGCCAGUUCUCCAGGUGCCAGCGUGGCUUCCAAUCAACGUCGACCCUCCAGAUCUCAAUCAGCCGGUUCCUCGUCUCCGCAGAAACCACUCUCCUCUCAAACCACACCGCCAUUCAAUCCUUUCAUCUACGGGAACGACGUGGAUUCGGUGGACAUCGCGACCAGGGUGGCCAUGGUGCGUUUCUUCAACUCGCAGAACCUCCUGGCGAACUUCACCGAACACACGAGGACACUGAGGCUGUACCCGAGGCCCGUGGUCGCCUUCCAGAUCAAUUCCUUCCUCCGAUCGAGGCCACGGGCCAGUCAUUUCCUGAACAAGUUCGCCAGGACGCAGGCGGUGGAGUUUUUAGCCGAGUGGUCCCUCACUCCGAGCAACGAGGCCUUCUUGAGGGUGCAGACUGGGGUGUUUGACCCGGCACAGAUCGGAGACAAGCCUAAGUGGUACGCCUCGAAUCUAGAGCCUAUCUUUUUCCCUGUUUGGGACAACGGUAGUUCGCUAGCGACCGCACUGAAGGCGACCAAGGAACACGAAAGUCAGCCAACAGACGAGAGCGGUUCUGACUCUGAGGGAGCGGAAAGCACCAGUUCUUCGUACUCCUCGUUGAGCGAUUUUGUGUCUGAGAUGGUGUCGUCAGACUUGUCUCCUAGCUACAAUUGUUCGCAAGUAGCACAGCCUCAGCAAAUGUCCCUGUCUGUGGACCCAAAGAACGUCUACAAUCCACCCAGUUCGUUGCAAUACCCUGGAGUGGAAGAAGAGUCGACGGUGAGACCGGAAAGCCCACUGAGCACUUCUUCCAGUCACAGUGACUUGAGCAGCCCCAGUUUCAACAGGGAUUCCGAAUUCGAGUUAAACCCCAAAGCUGUAGAAGGCUCGCAGUCGACCAAUGAUAAAGAGGAGGGUGGUAGCUUUGAGUCAGACUCAACAUCCACGAUAACACCACGCACAAUCCUGAGCGCACAAAGUUCGGUAGGACAGUUCGGAGUAGGGAAGGGCCGUUCAUUAGCCACUCCGAGCUUCAGCGACACCGAACGUCCUGCCGCACCCUACAGGACCUCUCGUAUCAGUAGAUAUGUCGUUCCCAUCCAACCAAGCGCAGCGAGUCUCCAGCGUCACCCAAGUGUCGGAAACGUCUUGGCGAGGGCAUCGAGCGUUGGAACAGGAGGACCAUUUCUGCCUCGGCAACCCAGCAGCAAUAGCAGCAACGAGGGCGAUUCCACGGUUCCUCGACAGUUUUCGUUGGGUACCACUACGCAGAAGCAACCCACCGAGACUGGACAAAGGCAGGAUUCUCCUGGUGUCACUGGGAAUGGUGUUCUACGACAGGGGUCUCAAGGAUCGCUGUUCGAGCAGAUAGCGAGCCAGGCCAAGGACUUGGUACGCGAAACUACCAGGCAGAGCAGCCAGGAUGGACUUCUUGCUCAGAUGGACAAGCUUAAACAUCAAGCAAAGGAGAAAAUCACAGAGGCUGGAGAGGAUAGUCUCUUUGCACCAUUGGAACAGUUGACGCAACAGACGAAGAAAGCCGUAGGAGAGGCAACGAAAUCCGUUCAAGAAGCCUCGAAGACUGCUUUGGAAGCGAGUAAAACCGCGGCUGGAGUCAGUAAAAAUACGUUCGAUGAUUUAACGUACGUGAGCAAGAGCACUUUCGGAGACCUGACGAAGAGUGCCAAAGAAGUUGCUGCGAAGAAGGGUUUGCUCAAGGGCCUGGGCGACUCGCAGCAUUCACCCCCAUCACCUCCUGGGAUGUUACAACGAAGGGAUUCGAGUAGUACGCAAUUGGUCGCUUCAGAUAAUCGCGGAGGACGCAGGGAAAUCAGUCGUGAUUUUUUCAGCAAUAUUAGUAGUGAUUUAAACGGCAUUGCUGCGCAAACGAGCAACAUGUUUAGCGAUCUGUUUGGCAGUAAAAAUAGUUCUAGUCGAAAUACCGGUUUCCCUCAGUCGCAGAAAGCAGAUAAGAAGACUCUCGGACCCUUCCCUAAAAGUAGAACGGGUCUGGUUGAACGUUCGUCGCUGAUAAAACACUCCACGAGGAAUAGUCAGGAAGAUAUCCAGAGGAUGCAGAACGCCGAGAGGUCUAGUACAAACAGCGACAAUCAAGCUUUCCUGACAGACGUGGUGAACCAAGUCUUAGGUGGCGAAGGUGUUGGUUGGUUGAAAUUAAACAGGCUGAAGAAGCUCAUGGAGGAUGAGAGCUAUCGGGACUUGGUGGUGACGAAGCUGAAUAAAGGUCUCAAUAAGAAAAUCAGUCCUGACGACCAUAUCGACGAUGUGUGCAUUUCGAAGCCAGUUUACAAGGGAAUGCUAAAGUGCCUUCAAGCAGUGGCUCACGGUCUUGGACACACUUACAAUAAUUUUGGUCUGGGCGGAAUGGCGUCGGUUUACCAGCUAAUGGAGAUCGCACACACUCAUUAUUGGAGCAAGGACCUCGCAGAGGGAGGUUUCGACAGUUCUUUAAUAUCUCAAGCAUCUAGUCCAUUCGGCAGCAGAGAGAACUUGAAGUCUCCACAGUCUCCUACUCAGCCCGAAUUCUCAGACGUACACCAAAAAUCAGACGCGCCUCAAGUCCAUUUGGAAAUGCCACACAGCCAUCCACCACCCGCUCACGAAGGGAGCCAAUCAACCACGGAUAUGUUCCUCGACAUGUUCACCAAAAAAGGAAAGUUCCUCAGCAGGCUAACAUCCUUCGACUCUGAGAGUGGGCGGGGAGGUGGAACAGGAAGCAGCGAAGCUUUAUCCACAGACGGAGGUAGCAUAAUCACUAAUCCUGCUUUUCGGCAAGCGCACCAAGCUUCUUUCCGAAGCACUGUCUCUGAUAGCGAGGUCGAGCAAGGCAAUUUUUCACGACAACCGAAGCAACGAACGGGAAGCGUUUGGUCCAGCAAGUCUUCCUUGAGCACCGGUUUCCGGUACCAUGGAGGAAGCUUGGUACCAACCACGGCUGCCCCUAGUCCAGAAGCUGCGAGAACGUACUUAUUCGAAGGCUUGCUGGGGAAAGAAAGAUCCUCGCUUUGGGACCAGAUGCAGUUUUGGGAGGACGCCUUUUUGGACGCAGUGUCUCAAGAAAGAGACAUGAUCGGCAUGGAUCAAGGUCCUGGAGAGAUGAUGGAGAGGUAUAAGAGUUUGAGCGAAAGUGAGAAAAAACGGCUGGAGCACGACGAAGACCGACUAUUGUGCACUUUGUUGCACAAUUUGACGGCCAUUUUGGUGAUGCUGAACGUAGAUAAGAAGGAGGUGAAACGUAAAGUAAGGAGGUUAUUGGGAAAGAGCCACAUCGGUCUGAUCUACAGCCAGGAGCUCAAUCAACUUCUCGACCAAAUACAUAAUCUCUACGGAAACGAUAUAGAUCUGAAGCCUCUUACGUCCAGACAAAUGCAUCGGCAGUCGUUCACCGUGCACGCAGGCGUCGAUGCAGAAGGUGAUCUACGAUUCCUCGAGGUUCGCCACGACGGCCUUGUCCUGAGAUCCGUGAAUGGCGUGAUCGUCGAGCGAUGGUGGUACGAGCGUUUGGUGAACAUGACGUACAGUCCGAAGAACAAAGUAUUGUGCCUUUGGCGGCGAAAUGGCGGGCAAACUCAGCUGCAUAAGUAUUAUACUAAAAAGUGCAAGGACCUGUACUAUUGCAUAAAAGACGCGAUGGAGAAGGCAGCAGCCCGUGGUCGUGGCGCCAACGUGGGCAUCGAACUCGGAGGCGAGUUUCCGGUGCAAGACAUGCGCACCGGCGAGGGUGGACUUCUGCAGGUUUGCAUGGAGGGCGUGGGUCUCCUCUUCGCAAAUAGCAAGGAUUUCGAGUUUUUUGUAAGACUCGAUCAUAUCCGCAAGUGCUUUACUCAGAAGGAUGGGAUCUUUGUAUUGGAAGAAUUCAAUCCUAAAACUAGACAAGUAAUUCAACGUAAAUAUAAGUCUCAAAUGGCAGAUCAAAUCUGCUACUCAGUCCUCUGUGUGUUCUCCUACCUGGCCGCUGGGUUGGAACAACCAAAGCAACAACAGAACCAACAGCAACAACCUCAAUACCAUCCCCAGCCCCAGCAGAAACCGCUGCCACCACAGCAACCGCAACAUCAGCAAUCGCAAUCACAACGUCAACAAGCACAGCAAAAACAACAGUACCAACAACACCAGCAGACCCAGCAACGUGCACAGUACCAACAGCAACGUCAACAGCAACAGCAGCAGCAUCAACCUCAGUCACAAUUACAGACACAACAACAGCCACAGCCUCAAAGUCAACAACACACUGUUAGCAACGUUGGCCAGGCUAAUUCUCAAAGCCAUAGAAACACGCAAUUCGAUUCUUUUCCUAGGCAUCACUGACACAAAGGCAGACACUCGCUCCCAUUUGUGCAUAAUUACAAUAAGUGUGCCCCCUACGCUUGCCUACCUUGGGUGUAAAGCCUCGUUUCCUGAUCAAUCCAUUUGCAUCAUCCAGCUUGACAGAUAUGCCUGUUGCUGAAACCCUCUUUCGAACAUCAAACACUAUAAAGAUCAGAAAAUUAACAGAAGUGGGCUGAUCAUGGCUUUUUGCUGCAAUAUUCACUUGAACAGGGCAAUUCCAGGAAUAGGCGAACUUUGAUUCACAUUCGAAGCUAGAGAUUCUUUCACAGAGUGAUUCUGUGUGAUCCAAGGAAUCAGAAGCUAGUGUAUAUCUAUCUGACAAUCGUCUGAACCAAAAUUUCUUUACUUUUAACACAGUGAACUUUGAUUCACAAGCAGUAUUAAAAACUCUGGAAGUGAUCCUACGCUUCCUAAAAGAUCGGAAGUUGAUAACCAUUUAUUUCACGAUCUCUCGUUUCAGGUGUGAACCGAAUUUCCUUUACGUCUGACAUUGUCCUUUCCACGUCGAUCUAGCUUUGCGAUUACGUUAACUUCUAUGAAAAUGACCAAAAGAAACGAGUACAUCCAUAUCCUAGAUGCAAAUGGAUCGAAGCUAUACCUCGAAACGAGCACAAAAGUCUAACCUGAAAAACCUUUCUUUUCAAAAUCUCUUUGAAGAAAUCGUUUCGUUUCAACUUCCUUUAUCGACUAUGAAAAUCGGAAUCGUUGCACGCGCCGCUCGUGGCGUUAUCAUCCUCCUAUCAUCCUCAGAGAGUCAGCUCUAAGUUUCCUCUAGGCACAAGAGAACCUGUUUUGCAUUCUAUUCGAGAAAGCAUUCGAUGGAAUCGAACGAGGUGAUUAAGAUUCGUCGGGAACAGACUGGAGGGUCGAACGACAACGUUUCGUAGGCAAUCGGAAAUUCAUGAGUUAAAAGAUAAAAAGAUACAAACGUAACAUUGGCCAGUUAACUAGACACAGUCUUGGUAAUUAUUUGCAAAGCGGGAGCCGUUGGGUGUAUACGAUGAAAACAAAUUACGAAGCAUUUUUCUUGAACACGAAGUAUCAUCGACAGGCGAUUCGAAGUAAAUGACGAUAAUAACGGUGACCAUGUAACAAGGAAACAGUGGAUGUUGCACAUUCGCAAAUACGGAUUUCGAGUGGUAUUCAAGCGAACAAACAAAAGAUCCGAGUGAAUCGAACGUUCCUCGAUCCUCUUACCAUGGGUAGUAAGAAAGAUUAACAGAAGUCUCUCUAACCAGUUUCAUCCUUUGAUAUGUUCGUGUGCACAUGUAGAGACGCGAAGUAAUAAAGCUUAUACAGUUGCUGAGAGAAAUAUAACGAGUUAACCGAGUCAAUAGGUGUAUAUCGAAAUAAUUAUUUUCUGGGCACUGGGGUAAAGAAUGUAGAAAAUCUGAGAGAACAACUCUAGGCCUAAUUCAGGGCCGUAUAAAGUACCUCUCUAUCGACUCUAAUUUCGCUUCGACUGCAAUUUGUAUUUCAAAAAUUAUUUUCAAUUACAGGGGUACAAUUUAAAAGAGGAAUUUGAAGAAUCUGUGUAAAAAUUACAUUUUUAAAAGAUGUGCGAGGGUAAAUAAAAUUUAUAGAGAUUUAAUAGUAAAAUUCGCAAUGGAUCCUAUGUGGACCUCGAUCCUUGCGAUGUCGAUCGGUCUAUGAACUAUUGUUCAUAGGAUUAUAAUACCAGGCGUCAUAGCUUACGAUUUCGUUACAUUUCUUUCAGCAACGAUGAUAUGUAUCAAUCGUUCACGAAAAAAAAGAAAGAAAAUAAAUAAAAAAUCAACUUGAAGCGACGUUAAACUAUUCUUCGAAGCUUCGGUGAAGGCCGGCAUAGUAGACAUCGAGGUCUGUCUUGACGGUGUUUUCUAUGAAUAGCACGUAAAGCAAUUCUGAGAUACAAUAAAUGAGAUAAAAUUUAAAAAAGUAUAAUAACUAUUCGUAUAAUCGGUGGAACAAUUUUGUAUAAAGUACAUCGAAACAGACUGUAACUGUGAUCAUCUAAUUUGAUGGAGAACGAAGACGAAGAAGAUGAAGAUGAAGAUGAAGAUGAAGCUAUUUAAUUUCGUAUGGUCGCAUGAAAUAGCCCAGAGUAUUAUGUAUAAUCUCGGAUAGGAUCGAUACAAUAGACA